AGGGGGACCUCGAUUUGCAUGAUGCCACCAUUUUUGGUCAGUCCUUAAGCGCAGGGCGUCCUAUCCGACAGCUAGUAAGCUACUGUCGCAACCCUAUGACGAAGAUUGCGUGCUUGCGGGGGAGCUUGGAGUUUGUGGCUUAUGGUCCAAUUAGGGAUGCCAUUGAUUGAAUCGAUAUUGGUAAUACCUGCCUCGUAGGUAUAUAUAGGGUCGCAUCCCGAAGCGAGACUUGGAUUUGAAGAUAGUCGCUAUCAAGCUAACAAAGAACUACAUAUUAAGAAGACACCUCCAACUUUAUCGACUAAAAACACUUAUCAUCACCUUUAGCAACUGCCACACCAGCACAAUGGCAUCCCCAGACGUCCAGCUCCCCAACACCGUCCCGGCCUUCAUCGCGGGCAGUCUCUCGGCCGCAUCCACGACCGCCUCGCCCCACGACGUCGACACGGUCCUGAACUACUACAAGGACAACGAGGACGGCUCGCCACCGGCGCCAUCCUACGUGAACCGACCGGAGACCUACAAGCGUCCGGUCUCCCCGCACCCCGUGCACAUCACGGACGUGACCGGCAGGGAGUCCGAGUACACGCUCGACAAGAACGGGUUCCAGUACCACCGGCACGUGUCGGAGGAGAAGGACUUCGUUGAUGAUGAUCACAUCAAGGCGGUGUACUACCCGGAGACCGAGCAGCUGCUCAAGGAUGUCACCGGCGCCUCCAAAAUCUUCAUCUUCGACCACACCAUCCGCCGACAACCCAAAGACACCCGCGCCUCCCCCACCACCACCGCCCCCCUCCGCGGGCCCGUCAACAGCGUGCACAUCGACCAGACGUACAGCGCCGCGCUCUCGCGCGUGCCGUACCACCUGCCCGCCGAGGAGGCCUCCCUCCUCCUGCAGGGCCGCGUGCAGAUAAUCAACGUGUGGCGGCCGAUCCGGCGGGUGCAGCGGGACCCGCUGGCCGUCGCCGAGGCGUCCUCGGUGUCCGAGGCCGAGCUGGUCGCCGUGCCGCUGAUCUACCCCGCGCGCCGGGGCGAGACGUUCGCCGUCCGCCACGCCCCCGGCCACCGCUGGUUCUACAAGGCCGGGCUCGCGCCCGCGGAGGUCCUGCUCAUCAAGUGCUUCGACUCGAAGACGGACGGGCGCGCGAGGAGGGUGCCGCAUACGGCGUUCGUGGACCCCGGAGCGGGCGAGGAGGUCGAGCCGAGGGAGAGCAUUGAGGUUAGGGCGUUGGUCUUCCAUCCUGAGGAUCGGGAGUAGGUACCUAGGUAGGCUAGCGAUGGGGUGUUGAGUUUAGGGGAAGUACUUUGCGUCUCGAUGGGUUGGUGGAAGGGGGGGUGGAUGCGUCGGAAGUUUGUGUGUCGAUAUGGAGGAAUAGAAGGGUAAUAACAGAUUGUCGCAUUAGGAAUUUUUGAGUAGGAUAUUGGUAUCGGUGGUAGAAACCUUACGCAAACGUACACAAGUUCUUCUAUCUUGCGGUCGUGUUGCCAUGAAAUUGGAUUGGCGAAUCGUAGAAUUUGGUCGACUGUAGAGGGAGCUGCCAUUGGCAGAUACACGUCUAAUCCAUGCCCAGCCAUACAAUUUCUACCUAGGUACCUACGUAUCAAAAGCGAAAUCAAGCCAGCUAGAAAAAGUUCUCAUUACUUAUAAUGUUGUCAUAUAAUUCAAUUCAAGUCAUGCCCCAUCUGCAAAGAUAUCUGCCUCGAACGCCACCCAAAUGCUAAUGUAAUUUAUACACCCCUUUUCUCUCCCACCCUUCCACCCUUCCCUCCCCCCCCCCAUUCACAACC